UUUUUUUUUUUUUUUUUUUUUCCUAUUACACUUUGGCGUGACAGGAGUCGAGUUCUUAGGCCGGCCCAAAAACGCUUAGCUCACGACACUCGACCGCCUCCCCUCUUUUCUUUCUCCCCUAAAAACUCCCCAGGGAGUCCGACUACGUCACAACUUCUCAACUCCCUUCCCUUCACAGUUAUUCGGGGAUUCUUGCAGAACGAGAGACAUCAACAAAUUGUCUGCUCUACACCACUCAUCCAGCGUUACUUGUUUCCCUCCCUAUUAUACUCGCUUUUCUUGCUCUCCCCCGUGAAGGAAAUACUCAAUCUUUGCCACCCACUCCCUCCACUCAAUUUUUUUUCUUGCCCUGUUCUUCGCCCGUCUUGGGGUUCUACUGAUCACUUGGCCCCUUCGCUUGUCUAAAUAUAACAGCCACCUCCAGAUUAUCAUGUCUGCAGCUGUUGCAUCAGCAGUUACAGGCACCUUAACACAUCGCGCUGAUAGUCUUUCGACAUCCCCAAUGGACGCCAAAAAGAACGCUUUGGAAAAUGAAGACACUCAGGCGCCGUCUUCAGACACCAAGAAUCCAAAGUCCGACGUAGACCCCCAGACCUCCCUUGCGCCUCCUCCGCGGCCUGCUAUAACAUCUGCUACGGAUACCCCAGAUUACUUUAACUCUAUCCAUAACCCCUUCUCACUGGAGCCCAACCCGUUUGAGCAAUCUUUUAGUGGUGGCACAAGUGGUGGCUCCUCUGGUGAGACACCGGGGAAGUCGAUCCUUCCUCCAGUCGCUUCGCUCACAUCUCCUGCCUUACCCGGUACUAGCUCGGCCGGCGGUGGUUAUAGCUGGUCUAACUCGUUGCGCUCGGGGCCCUUGAGUCCGGCCAUGCUUGCUGGCCCGACGGGCUCCAGCGACUAUUUCGACAGUAUUGGAAGAGGGUUUCCGACUCCGAACGAGUCUUCCCUGCGUACCGGGCUGACUCCGGGUGGUGGAGGUUCCAUGUUCCCGGCGCCUAGUCCGAACUCUCAGGCGCUCCUGCAGCAACUGCAAAGCGGGGGCGCAACUCCUUCCACGAUUGAGUUCCAUCGUACGGCUUUGAACGCUGCUAAGAAAAAUGCCCUGAAUGGCCCAACUUCUAACCCUACGUCUGAUCCUGAACAAGCAACUCAGAGUACAAGUAUGGAUAUGAAGCCUAGCCAGCCGGCGGGAGUAGACCCUUUCGGCCAUCAUGAUGCCGCGGAUGCCGCAAACGGGCUUUUUAUGCUAGCGAAAGGUGGACAGGCGAAUCCUAAUCAGUUUGCUGUCUCCAAUCCGUCGUCCAUACCACCACAGAGCAUUCAAAAUAAUAACGAUCAAGCUCGCGAUUCUGACAGACGAGCUUCUAACGGUGCAAUGGCUGGUAGAGAGACAAGUGAUGAUGUGUCGGAUGUGUCAGGCGAGCAUACAAAACCUGUCACUAAAGGAAAGAAGAAGAAUGCAUCUACCAAGACUGGCGGCGUAGCGAACAGCAGGCGCAAAGCAGAUGAUGCUCCAGCUAAAGGGUCGAACAAGAAAGCCAAGGUUAGCUCGGAGCCUCCUUCUGAUGCCGGAGACUCGGAAGAAGAGGAAGAACACAAGAGAAAGUUGCAGACGGAUAGUAAGAAGAUGACGGACGAAGAGAAGAGAAAGAAUUUCUUAGAGAGGAACAGGGUUGCCGCGUUGAAAUGUCGCCAGCGAAAGAAACAGUGGCUUGCCAAUUUGCAAGCGAAGGUAGAACUGUUUACUUCAGAAAACGACGCACUCACUGCGACCGUUACUCAAUUGCGUGAAGAGAUCGUCAAUCUCAAGACGCUUUUGCUGGCUCAUAAGGACUGUCCGGUUUCUCAGGCUCAAGGGCUUGGCCCUUUGAUGAUGAACGGCAUGUCGACAGGGUUCGAUCCUCACCCGUACAACAUCCCUGGCAAUAUGGGAAUGCAACCAGGUGCACCUAUCCCCGCGCAAGGGAUCCGAAGACAAUGAAUUAGUCUCUAGACCACAAUCAUAAUAUUCUUCCAAUCUUGGUCUAAUCGCGUUGCUACGACUUACAACGUUGCUUUUCCUCGGCUUAUCUGAAUGCAAGGCCAUCUCUGUUUAGAGCCCAGACCAUCUCCACGGGUUCUUGUUACGUUUCGAUUCCGUUUGGCCUCCGUUUCCUCACGAUGGCCUCUGGGCAUGGGUAGGUGUUAAUGAUGUAUACGAAUUCAAAAAUUGGACUGGCUGUAUCUGACGGUGCGAUAAGGGAUUCUAUUGAAUCUCUGGAGGGUGCAAACUUGGCGCAAAAGCUUAUUUUGGCUGUGUUUCUCUAUUCUCGAUUUCUUCCCCUUUCUUCUGAUUCUUUCCACUUCUUCCCUGUCGUUUUUUCUACACUUUAACCUUAAACCCUAGUCCCUUUUUCUCAAGGACUAGGGUUUGUGUAUUGUUUACUCGUGGUUUUCUGACUUUCUAUUGCGUGCUUGAUCUUGGGCUUUCAAUUCGGCUGUCUAAUAUUCGAGGGACACGAGAUCAUGUCUUUCCCCCUUCUUCUUUUCCCGAAAUACAGCGUUAAUCGGGCGGCGUUCUGGUGGCUAUUUGGUUCUCUGUUCACUGUUACUACAGCGACUCGCAUGUCGGAAGGCUCUAGGUAUAGAGAAUCCAAGCAUGUUGAGAUUGAAUCGAUCUAGAUAUUGUUGGGUA